AUGGAUGCUGUUGCGCGCCCUAAGCUUGCUGAACAUGGAACUGAGUUUUUUUCAGGAAAAAUAGGAAUAUUUCCUUUUGUGUUCAAGGAACCCGCCAAAAGGAAUAGCAAAAACAGAGUAGCUGGAACUUUAGAAACAAAGCCUAUUUUAUCAGUCACUAAAGAUGUCACUAGGACUUGUUUAAUUGAAAAAGUUCUUCCGGCGAUUCGAUCAAAAUGGCCACUUUCGCAGUCAAAUGCUCCUAUUUUUAUCCAACAAGAUAAUGCGAGACCUCACCUUAGUGUUAAUGGCUUGCAAUUUACCGAAGCUGCUCGGCAAGAUGGAUUUGAUAUUAGGUUUUGCUUUCAACCUCCUAACAGUCUAGAUUUAAAUGUUUUGGACCUCAGAGUCUUCAGAGCUAUUCAAUCUCUUCAACAUCAAAUGGCUCCUAAAACUAUUGACGAGUUAGUAAAUGCAGUCGAGAAAUCGUUUAAUGACAUAAAAGUUGAACGACUGAAUCACGUGUUUCUGACUCUACAAUCUUGCAUGGUUGAAGUGAUGAAAGAUAAAGGUGGAAACAAUUACAAAGUGCCACAUAUGAAAAAAGACAUGCUAGAACGACAUGGAACUCUUCCUACUCAAGUUUGUUGCGACAUUGGUAUUGUUAAUGAAACUCUAGCUCUGCUUUAA